GUAUGAAACGAAUUAUUCACAUAAUCUAAAAUAUUUUUUUUUACUAAAAUAAUACUAAUUUAUGUCCAUAUAUUAUAAAAUUUAGGAAAACUAUUCUGUCUAUUUUCAAUAUAUGUAAAAGUCGGUUGAAAAAUAUUUUUCUGAAUGCUAAUUAAAAUUUUGUAUGUAAAGGGACAUCUCAAAAAAAGCAUUUUGCCAAUUAAAAUGAAAAUGCCCUGCUCCACUUUUUCGAAAAUGGCAUCCAUUUUAUCUAUAACAGGGCGACCAGAGUGACGUGCAUCUUUGACAUCGAAAUUUCCGGAUUGAUAACUCUUAAACUAAAUCUGUGCUAUUCUCACAGACACUGCACUAGGUCCGUAAAUAUCACAAAAACAAUUCGCGACUUGCGUUGCAUUAUUACCUUUUUUGUAGUAAAAUUUUAAAAUGUAUUGAAUUUCUUAGUUAUAGGUAAACCGCUUAAAAUUCAUUUAUCUUGGCAGUAAGAAAAACAAAUGAGAAUCAAACAUUUUUCUAAUUUGAAUUUGGAAUUAUCUUCUUUAAUAUUUAAUACUUUUUAAUGAUACCAAAACCAGCCAGAUACAAAUGGUAAAAGAGAUUUUAUUACAAAUUCAUACAUACUAUAAUUCGAAAAUACUUUUCCCCUAACCUAUUAUUUUAAUUUAGAUGUAAUUUUUCUGUCAAGCUUUACACAAGACGUGAUAUUAUCAUGUCUUAAAACUCGUAAAAUAUUUCUUUACAGUAAAUAGAUUUGAAAUAAAAAAUACUAUGUGUACUUGUAACUUGUAAUCGUAAAAACUUAUGUUAAUAUCUUAUUGGCUUGAGAAAGUGUUUGACUUAUGCUCAUAGUCUUGGAAAAAGUGAAACUUGUGUUGAUGUAAAUAUAAAUUAAGUACUGAAAGGGUGAUUAUGUGAUUAGUUAUUUUAUAUGUAUUUAAACCGUUCCGUGUGUUGUUGUCGCUGUGCGUUGUCGUUUUCUUCAUAAAUGUGAUUUUGUUGUACGUGCUUGCCGCGCUAAUCGGCAUAAUCUCCGAAAAUUGCCUCGAAUUAUAUAUUAAAAGCGGAAGUUUAUUUGUUUUUUAGUUACAUUCUGCUCGUUCAAACUAUCGCUCUAAAGGAGUAAUAACAACACCAAAAUAACUGGUAAAUUGUCUUAUCUGGUGUUUUAAAUAUUUUUUUAAUUCAAAGUAUAUUAACAAUUUUGACAGUAAUUACAUGUUGAGUCCUUACUUAGUCCCAAUUUAUAAUUAUAUUGUUAUUUACAAUUGCUGAUAAGAUCGAUGUGAUAUUGUAGCUUUUGAUUUUGUGAGUGACAUUUCGGUCCCAAUCCGUAUGUGUAACAAACGUCAUGAAAGUAAACUAUUUGGGAGAUAUAAAUAAGAGAUGGCUUCACUUCGUACAUUCAUUCUAUUCGUAUAUACGUUAUUCGAACGAAUAACGUUAGAAUGAAUGUACUGGAAAAUAUGUUUAGUGUAAAUGUUAGUGACAGACUGGAGAGUGAAAUGAAAUGCGAACACUGUUGACUGAAUAGUUCCAAAAGCCGAUGUAUGCAGCGAUUGAUGAAAGUUGAGGAAACGAUAGAAGUACUUAGGUAGGUAUGCUUGGAUCGUAGUGAGCAGAAAUCAAUUUCUCUGAGGCACACACAUACAACUUUAAUAAGAUAUGGACGACAGUGAAGAUAAGUAUUUAAUAAUUAUUAUAAUCUAAUGAAUAAUUUUAUUUAUUACUAGUGGUACGCCCUCGCUUUACUUCGGUGUAGAACUGUAGUGUAGACUACAUUUAUUUUUCUUAGGCUUAUAUUAUAUACAAUGACUUUCUUCAUAUAAUUAUAAACAUUGGGUGAAAAUUUAUUUAACUGAUAGUAAAAAUUUUGUUGCGUAGUUUAGGACCCGUUGUAUCGUAUGCAACAAUGCUCUGCUGUUCCUAUUUAAAAAAAAUUUUUUGUAUUGCUCUAUAACAUCAGGCUACGAUCAGUAGCAGCGGAGCACCGGUGAAGAAUGUUGCUAAAACGGGUAAAAACAUUCCAUUUGCGAGAUUCCGUUGCGUGUGCUGGGUAAACGGUUAAAGUUACACAAAAAUCAUGUAUAACGGAAUUGUUCCUCUUAAAAAGUUCUGUAAAAAAGUCCGCGGCAGCAUAUAUGUCCAUAUUUUAAGUUUGACUCACUUUAACCUUUUUCUUCAAAUUAACGCGGGUGAACCGCAGGGGACCUCUAGUUGUGACAUAAAUGUGAUAGUUUUUUUAAAAGUAAAUUUGUUUCGAAAUUGUAAGUUUAUUUAUAUUUUAUUUAUUGAACCGUUUCGCUUUCGUAGUUUAUUUUAUUUGUGGUGAUCAUGCAGACCGGACCAGAGAGUGGCCGGUAGCGUGAUAGUUAGAUAGCGUAGAUAUUGAUGUCCUUUAUAAAACUUUAGUAGAUCACUUUGUUCUAUUGUCAAUGACUUCUGUAGCGUACUUGAUAUUAGGUUAUUUUUUGGUAUUUUUACACACGUAGAGUUACAGUAUCGAAGUUUUCAUACGGAAAUUUUUUUUUGAAAAUACUCUAUAGCCUAUGCUCAUCAAGGAUAAUGAAGGACUCUAAAUGUGAUUUUUUUUUUCGAAUCGGUCCAGUACUUUCGGUGCCUAUUCAAUACAAACCGACAGUCAACUCUUUCCUCUCUAUAAUAUUAAUUUAAUAUUUAUUAAGGGUUGUUAUAGCAGUAAUUCCAAAAUUAUUUGAACCUUUUUUGUUUUGUAUUAUUCAGAUACAUUGUUUUCAAAGCAAAUAAUGAAAUCCAAUUUAGUUUUAUGUAAGCAUUAUUGAUGACGAAAAACAUUACAAUUCAAGAUAAACUACUGAGGAAAUGCUACGGAUAAAGUUGAGGAGAAAAGUUGAACAAGAUUGAUUUAUUAGUAGUCAAGACAUCGAUGAGGAACUACUAAAACAAAAGUGCUAUCAGCGAACACGUUGAGCGGAACAAGCGCGGGUCUGGUGCCACUUAUUCCAGAGGCUGCCCUAGGUGCGGUGGAUAUGGUUCAAGAGGGGGAGGGCGGCGCGACCGGUGACGGCCUCAUCGCGCCGCGCCGUCUCCUCAACCCGUGCCUUGAGAACCCGCAGCGCUUGGACCUGCAUCGCGAGCUGCUCUUUAAUCAGAAAAUGGGUACUUACCAGGCCCGUGCCCAGUGCCGCUUAUUCCAGAACCUGCCCUGGGUGCGGUGGAUAUGGUUCAAGAGGGGGAGGGCGGUGCGACCGGGGACGGCCUCAUGCCGUGCCUUGAGAGCCCGGACUUACCGAGGCCCGCAACUUGUGCCGCUUAUUCCAGCGGAUAACCUGAGUGCGAUGGAUAUGUUUCACGAGGGGGAAGGCGGUACGACCGGGGACGGUCUCAUCUCGCCGCGCCAUCUCCUCAAUCCGUGCCUUGAGAGCCCGCAGAGCAUGGACCAGCAUCACGAGCUACUCUUCGAUAACAAAAUAGGAAAAAAUGUCCUCAACCAAAAGAGUGAACUCCAAAGGGCCCUUUCAAAACACAAAGAGAAGCAGAUUAUGAAUCAAGUACGAGAGCACAAGGAAACUCCAGAAUUGGAACGAGCAAUAGCCGAACGGGCUCGUAGGUUGGAGCAAGCGGAACAGAGCACAGAAGAGCCAGACCCCGGCACCAAUCCCACGCUGCAGGAAGUGCGCGCUAGACUGCGGCACGCGGCGCCACCCACUUCGGCGCAUUGA